AUGACGUGUCGCGGUGGCCUGGGCUUGGAGUGCCGCUGGUUCGGGCUACAGGAGGUCCGCAAGGGUGACGUCAUCCGCUUCACCUCGCCCAACUACCCCAACAAUUAUCCGAACUUGCACAAGUGCGCCGUGCGCUUCUACCCGGCCGCUACGGACGUGUCUGUGCACCUCAUCUGCAACGACGUGUCGCUGCACCGCGUCACCGGCCCGUACGCCUUCCUGAGCACCUUCCUCCUCUCCUACGACUGGGUGUUCCUCACGUCCGGCCCCUGGGUCCAGGACUUCCCGAGCGACGACUCAACGCUGCCGGCCUCCUGGAAGGCCGCCGCCGGCGAGAGCAUCAACUUCGUCUUCUCGACCAACCUGCUGGACGCGAGCCGCGGCUUCCUCUGCACGGUGGUGGGCGACGACUCGCAGGAGGCUGUGCGGACCUGCGGCCUGCGGAACGCCGCCCGCUCUGGGCGAGGGUUGACAGCCAGGAGCGACAACAAGAUCUUCGGCGGCGAGGAUGCCGGCCCGAACGAGUGGCCCUGGAUGGUGUUCGUGGUGGUGGCGUCGGGCGGAUCCUCCAGCUUCUGCGGCGGCACCAUCAUCAGCCAGAACUACGUCCUCACGGCCGCGCACUGCUUCGACAACAUGCCGGGCGCCACAGCCACCCUUCGGUUCGGCUCGUCCGACCUGACGAGCCCCACCACCCUGGCGGUGCUGGCCGAGAGCAUCAUCCUGCAUCCGGACUUCAGCACCAACAGCCAGGGGGCGCUCUUCAACGACGUGGCGCUGCUGAAGCUUCCCGCGCCUCUGACCUUCUCCGACGACGUGCGGCCCAUCUGCCUGCCGUCCUUCUCGGACCGGGCGCGCGCUUACCCAGGCACCGCUGAGAUCACCGGCUGGGGUAAGCUGGGGAACCUGCUGCCGAUCACGCCCCAGCUCCAGGAGGCCACCGCCCAGAUGCUGGGUCUCACUGAGUGCAAGGCGCGCACUGCGAACGCCGCCACCUUCGAGCAGCUGUGCUCCGACCCCGUCACAGGCAUGAGCGUCUGCCCGGGUGACUCUGGCUCGCCGCUGAAGAUCGCCGACUUCGACGGCCGGUACACCCAGAUCGGCAUCGUCAGCUACGGCAGCGCCUCCUGCGAGGCCGACGGCCUGUUCGCCGUCUACACCAGGGUCGACCAGUUCCUGGAGUGGAUCCGCGACAACUCGGACGUCACCAUCCUGCCCUAG